ACCAAACAACCAUCAAAACAGUCAUCACCACCAUCAUCAAAACUGUUAACACAGCGGCGGCGGCGGCGGCGGCAAACGUCACCCUCCGGCCAAGGCGUCCGCCUAAAGGGAUGGUUUUCUCGGCGGAGCAGCUCUUUGCCGACCACCUUCUCCACUCGUGCUGAGCAGGAUUUUUGGCUCUCCGGGGUUCGGGCUGGGAGCAGCUUCAUGACUACGCGGAGCGGGAGAGCGGCCACACCAUGCGAGCACAAAUUGAAGUGAUACCAUGCAAAAUUUGUGGCGAUAAGUCCUCCGGGAUCCACUACGGAGUGAUCACGUGUGAAGGCUGCAAGGGAUUCUUUAGGAGGAGCCAACAAAACAAUGCCUCUUACUCCUGCCCACGGCAGAGAAACUGUUUAAUCGACAGAACCAACAGAAACCGUUGCCAGCACUGCCGACUGCAAAAGUGUCUUGCCCUAGGAAUGUCGAGAGAUGCUGUGAAGUUCGGCAGGAUGUCCAAGAAGCAGCGGGACAGCCUGUAUGCGGAGGUGCAGAAGCACCAGCAGCGGCUGCAGGAGCAGCGGCAGCAGCAGAGCGGGGAGGCCGAGGCGCUGGCCAGGGUAUACGGCGGCGGCCUCAGCAACGGCCUCGGCAGCCUGAGCGGCGAGGCGGGGGGCGCUUACGCCAAUGGACACGUCAUCGACCUGCCCAAGUCCGAGGGUUACUACAGCGUGGAUUCCGGCCAGCCGUCCCCGGAUCAAUCUGGACUUGACAUGACUGGAAUCAAACAGAUAAAGCAAGAACCCAUCUAUGACCUCACGUCUGUACCCAACUUGUUUACCUAUAGCUCUUUCAACAACGGGCAGCUAGCGCCAGGGAUCACGAUGACCGAAAUCGAUCGAAUUGCACAGAACAUCAUCAAGUCCCAUCUGGAGACGUGUCAGUACACCAUGGAGGAGCUACACCAGCUGGCGUGGCAGACCCACACCUAUGAAGAAAUUAAAGCCUAUCAGAGCAAGUCCAGGGAAGCGCUGUGGCAACAGUGCGCCAUCCAGAUCACUCACGCCAUCCAGUACGUGGUGGAGUUCGCGAAGCGGAUCACGGGCUUCAUGGAGCUCUGUCAGAACGACCAGAUUCUACUUCUCAAGUCAGGUUGCUUGGAAGUGGUUUUAGUGAGAAUGUGCCGUGCCUUCAACCCAUUAAACAACACUGUUCUGUUUGAAGGAAAAUAUGGAGGAAUGCAGAUGUUCAAGGCCUUAGGUUCCGAUGACCUAGUGAAUGAAGCAUUUGACUUUGCAAAGAAUUUGUGUUCCUUGCAGCUGACUGAGGAGGAGAUUGCUUUGUUCUCAUCUGCUGUUCUGAUAUCUCCAGACCGAGCCUGGCUGAUAGAACCAAGGAAGGUCCAGAAGCUUCAGGAAAAAAUUUAUUUUGCACUUCAACACGUGAUUCAGAAGAAUCACCUGGAUGAUGAGACUUUGGCAAAGUUAAUAGCUAAGAUCCCCACCAUCACGGCGGUCUGCAACUUGCACGGGGAGAAGUUGCAGGUAUUCAAACAAUCACAUCCAGACAUAGUGAACACCCUCUUUCCUCCAUUAUACAAGGAGCUCUUUAAUCCUGACUGUGCCACCGUCUGCAAAUGAAGGCGACCAGAGGACUGUCUCCUAGUCACGGAAUGCAUCACCAUUAAGACAAAAGCAAUGUGUUCAUGAAGACUUAAGAAAAAUGUCUACUGCAACAUUAGGAAUGUCCUGCACUUAAUAGAAUUAUUUUUCACCGCUACAGUUUGAAGAAUGUAAAUAUGCACCUGAGUGGGGCUCUUUUAUUUGUUUUUGAAAUGACCAUAAAUAUACAACUAGAGGACACUGGGUGUUUUGUUUUGUUUUUUUUUUUUAAUUUUAUUUUAUUCGGGUAUGUUUUGGGAGACAACUGUUUAUAGAAUUUUAUUGUAGAUAUAUACGAGAACAGAGCGGUACUUUACAUGAUUACUUUUCCUGUUAAUUGUUCAAAUAUAAUUUAAGAAAACUCCACUGAAUAGGUUUACCUAUUUCUAUGUUUUUAGAUAGUUGAUGCAUGUGAAAAUGUGUAGCUGUCUUGGAAAGCACUGCACAGGUACGUAAUAAGUAUAUAAUAUCUGAGAAUAUUAUAUAUGAUUAUUACUUACACCUGCAUGUGCACUGUGGCUUAAAACACCAUACCCACUAGUGAAGGAGGUUCAGUCAGGCUCCCUCUUAUUAUUUCCCUUCUGUGUUAUCUUUAUGUUAGACAAUCAGGAUUCUGUUUUCCCAGCCAGACUUUUCAGCUAUCGUCUACAGCAGGAUGGUACCGAUUCAGAGAUAAGUCUGUGAAGGAACAAACGUAACACCCAGCCUCUGAGUAAGAACUCUAGCUCUCUCAGUGACAUCAAAGCCUUGUCAGGAUGGUAAAUAUUGUGGGGGGGAGGGGGGGGAGGAAGUAUUUGGAGCCAUUUUCCUGUUUUAAGAAUUAGGCCACAGAUAAUAUUGUGGAGUCCAGAACUUUUUUUAACCAAACAAUCACUGUUUCCUAUUUUUCACCAAGACAUGCAAAACACUUAUUUUUUCUUUGGAUUUUAGGCUGGGAAAGAAACUGAUUUUGGUGCUCAUUAUAUCUUCAGCAGAGAAACACAGCCUGUAGGUUUGAUCACCAGCAAUUUUUUCUAAUAAAAUUAGAGUCACGGCAGAAAUCAGAAGCCAGGGUCCAGAUGCCAUUUCAUGUCAACAUGUCCUCUCUAACCUGUUUUGUUUUGGUUUGGGUUUUUUGGGGCGGUUUGGGUUUUUUUUGUUUUUUUUUUUUUUCGGUGUGUUGUUUUUUUGGUUUUGGCAAAGAAGAGGUAGAAAGAGCACCUACAAAGUAUAGAAGUAUCUCUUUAUAUGCAUUCCCUUUGCCAAGUUUGUUAGAAAAAGCAGCAAUAAAGGGGGAGGCAGGAUUUUAUAUGUCCUAGUGUGGGGCCUCUAAUUUCUCAACUCCAAAAUGCUACACUGUAGGCACAGAGCAAGAACUCGACAGAUAAGGAAAACACAUCUGAGUUAUUCUGUACAACUAAUACACCCCAAAGCCAAAACUAUUUCCCAUGUGGUUUGAAAUCGCAUCAUCCAUCUAGCCUGGGCUUAACUUUUUUUUUUUUUUUUAAGCAACUCGUGCAAAGCACAGAGUGCAAGAGGCAAGACGAAGCUUAGUGAAUUCAGACUUCCUAGGACAAGCCUCCCCUCUCCACCUGCUCUCCAGCCGAGUACCAGGAAAGCAUAAACCCUAAGCAGCUUGUUCGGCUUGGGCUCUGGAGGCCCGAUGUCUUGGGUCUUAGUGGAUCCAAAACAAUAGUUCUUAAAAAGGAAGCUAGAACCGAGCUUUGUGUAAAAGACAAUGACAUGCACCAUCUCCCGGAAGCAUAGCGCAGCUGCCAGCUCUCGAGGCCCCGCCCUCUCCUCCUCGGCAAACGCACCCGCACGCAUGCGCACACACCUGCUUUGAAAAGUUUCCAUCAGUGGAAACUUUGAUUUCCUUUUCAUCUCCGACGCUCUCCUAAAGUUACACGGUCUUGAGAGCCAUCUCCGCGAUGCCACCGCACCCCUCCUUGAUGAUCAGACAGUAGCGCUAGUCUUUUCUUCUAGAAAACAGAGCCUUUUCCCACUCAUGAUUGAUGAAUUCCAAACCAAUGGGGAAAAACAAAAAGGCUUUAAAAUAAUGACUCUCUUUCUCAACUACUGUUAUAUUCAAUUAAUUUAACUACAUUGAACCAAAUUACCUUCGGUGUCUAAGAAGACAGCUGCGCACUGCGUGUUAUGCUGCUGCGGGGACUUGGUUGUUUCUGGUGUAAAUGUCACUCCUGCUAGCUCUUUGUAUAAAGAAUUAAUUCCAAGAGUCAUAUUUCCUUCUAAUGGAAAGAUUACUUUACUGAUUGCUAGGAAAACAGGGUAAUGGAAGGCGCUCAAUUAAACCAAGCCGUUUCCAAAUGCAAUGUAUGUUUUAUGAUUGGCUUGUGACAGGCAACGCUUAAUGUGUCUACUUGGUGUUUCCCUUUGAGCUUUGAACUUAUGUCAAACUUUGCUUUCAUCGUUCUGUUGGCCUCGUGUUUUCCGUUGUUGGCCUGUAAUUCCUGCUCCGUUGCAAAGGGAAUCAUUUGUUUCCUCCGGUCUACCUUCGAGGAUUUAAAUUGGCUCAAUUGAUGAAGUGGCUGAGAAUUUUUUCCUCCCUCGUCCCAUGGGCGAUGUAGGAAAAGGAUUAUUUCCCACAUGUGCCUCAGGAGGUACCAGAUUUGAAUUUGUUUGUCAUUUCUACCAGUACGAGCAUUUCACUGGGACAGCAGGAACCUUUUGAAGUGAGGGCACAGGAAACAGCAAAUGACUGAAUGAGAACAAAACAGUGGCAACCAGUACACGCUCAGGCCACUUCAGCUGAGAAGAGAGAUUUCCAUUUUGCGCCCCAGUUGCCAAAUCUGUCCCUGAAAAGAGAACCAGGUCGUAUCUUCGGUGGCGACAUAGGCCUUUCCAAGCUGCCUUUUGAACAUCUCCUAUGACCACAUCUCAAGGUAUUUUGAAAUUUGGUUGAGAACAACUUUGUGUACCACAUGCAAUUUUUGUCCCUUCCCUGUGAAGACGCGCAGGGGUUCCCACCACCUUCAUGAUACAAUGCACACUGGACCAGAGAACCCGCGAUCUGUACUCUUCACUUCAUGCUUCGUAAAUGACAAUCACUGCUUGGUGCAAAUAGUGCACUGUACCCACUCAGGGAUGUUUCAUU